CUAACUAACUAGGUCCCAGCCAAGUUUCAGCGAACGUGCGGUACGCAGCCCAUUGAGCUUUGGUGAUCUGGAAUCUUCAUAUCAUAAUCUAUUUUUACCUGCUGCUGCAGCCACCAGCAGCAACUUCAAGCGGCCAUCAUACUCAUUUCCACGGACCUUUCCAUGCACGGCUUGCAACCCACGAAACGCAUAUGUGUAAUUGGUGCAGGAGCAUCAGGCUUGGCUGCGCUGAAAGUCAUUUCAGAUACAUCUCACUUCAGAUCAGGUGCUUGGUCUUUGACUGCCUUCGAAUCACGCGAGAGUGUUGGUGGGAUAUGGUCACCCGCUCCGCCGGCGACCGAUCCCCCAUUAACCCCACUGUACGACUCCCUCACGACAAAUCUUCCACAUCCGAUAAUGGCCUUUAUGAGUUACUCAUUCCCUCCGUCAACUCCACUGUUUCCUCCCGCACAGGUCGUCCUGGAUUAUCUGAAAUCAUUCGCUCACCACUUCCAUUUACUACCACUUAUCCAAUUCAAUACGACCGUUAUCAGUGCCAAGUGGGACAACACAGGCUGGCUUGUCACUGUUUCCACAGGGGAAACUCUCGCAUUUGAUCAUGUUAUCGUUGCGAACGGUCACUAUCGACUUCCCAGAAUACCAAAUAUACCUGGAGUGGAUCACUGGUUGAGAAUUCGCAGAGCUUCCCAUUCAGCAUGGUACAGAAGUCCGCAAGCUCUUGGCCACAAAGUGCUAGUCGUUGGUGGAGGCCCGAGUGGCCAGGAUAUCGCUGCAGAGAUGCGUUCGUACGCCACCGUUGUCGUACAUUCCGUCUCCGGUGCAUUGGUAGAAGGCGAUGCGCACUUCAAGCGUGUCGGAAGGGCUCUUCGAUUUUAUGACGACGGCCGUGUCCUGUUCGAAGGCGACAUCGUAGAAGAGGAGAUUGAUUACUGCAUUUUGGCUACCGGAUACAAAUUUGACUUUCCAUUUUUUGCUUCGGAUGUCAUUCGCACCGAGCAAGUUCCUUCACAUUCACCAUUGCCUCCGGAUCUCUACAACUCCACGCACCAUGUCUUUCCCCUGGCAAUGUUCAUAUUUCCUCUGCAAAGUCACUACCCGGCGUCCAGUUUGGCGUUCAUGGGGCUUCCUUUUAAAGUUGUGCCGAUGCCACUUAUGGAAGCUCAAGCUUGUGCCAUUGUUCGAGUCAUUUCCGACCCUUCUUCGCUGAAUAAACAGCGGGAAGCCGAGAAGGUGACUGCGAGGUCGCAACUGCUCGCACGAUGGGGUGCUUCUACUUUGAGCGAGCAAGCAAAAAUAUGGCUCCGUUUUCAAGGGACGGAGCAAUGGGAUUACCGGGACGACUUGUUUGCCUUCGCAGCGCAGUCUGGAGACUGUCCUGCAGUUAAAGUAAGGCCUUGGGAAAAGUCGAUGUACUCCGUGAAGAAAGUCUUACGGGACGCGUGGAGGGACCUGGAAAGCCGUGGUGAAGCUCAUAAAUGGGUAGAAGGGGUUGGGGAGAACAGUGUUGAGGAAUGGGUAGAAAUGAUGGAGAGGCUCCUGAAACACGCCAAGGAAAAGCGAAAGAUUGCUGUUAUUCCUGAAGCCUGAGUCGCCCAGAUGAAAGUAAUUCAUUCCUAGACUGCGUGCAGUCGUUGACGCUGCAUGAUGCAUGACCGUUCUUAGUGAUGCUAGCGAUAAGUCCGGUAUCUUGUUUCUGUUCAGGCGUGAUCCGAUUCGUCAUUGCUGCUGCUUUAAUUUGACCCUGGGCAUGUGAACUUGCCAGCCAAUAUGACUUGUAUAAAAGCGCGAGCUCCAAGAUAUACCAGGUCAACUUAGUGGCACCCUCCUCGUUCACGGAGACCGUCCAUUGGGUGCGGAAGUCGUUCCCUCCAUCUCGGUCACAACUACCUUUAGAUCAGUUCCUGAUGGUGAUCCCGCGGGGCUUGCCAA